GCAGUGGGGUUCUGGUUGUUGUGGGGGGAGGGGGGCACGAGAGAGUGACAGAGUGACAAGGAAGAGUCUAGAGGGCACCAUGGACUAAUGGCAGGAAUGAAGGAACCUGGCUGGAGAGGUGUGGGCAGAUGUUUCGCUUAUAGCCUUGUAGCCUGAGGAAAGGUUCCAUCCAGAGGGUGGAGGAAGAGCCCAAGAACAGUCCCCUUCUGCCCCUGUCACUUCCUCUCUCCUCCCUCCAGCUGUGUUACCUCCCAAACCAACCCCUCCCCCACUUUGUUCCCCAACCCUGACCCUGAGUAUUUGCUUUGGAACAGAGGACAGAGGCUUAUGUGGGCCAUUUAAAGUCCAGGUUCCUACCACAGCCCCACCUCCCAAGCCUGGCCUGACCCCUGGCUCCCUCCAGCUUCAGCUCCACGCCCACCCAACCCUCUGCCCUUGGCUGAUUCUCUUCAAUGUGCCCAUCAGGCCUGUUGUCCAGCAGCACCAGCCAGAGACCAGGAACCUCCAGAGACUAAAAGAGGUGCUGAUCCUGUACCCAGGUCUUGUUUAUCUUUCUAUUUCCCAUUAUUCAUUCCAAUUCAAGAGCCUGAAGACAGCCCAGGAGGUUUAGCUAUGGCUUUCUUCCUUAUUUUGCCCCUUUGUAGUGUUUUGGUGAUAGGCAUGGGUGAAGGUGGAGCUGGGAGUGAGGAAGGAUUUGAGAGAUGUAAACCUGGACAGCUUGCCCGCUGCCCCUCCAUACCUCCCAGUGCCCAGCACUGGACACAGCCUGGCCAGAGCCAGCUGUUUGCAGACCUGAGCCAAGAGGAGCUGACGGCUGUGAUGAGCUUUCUGACCCAGCAGCUGGGGCCAGGCCUGGUGGAUGCAGCCCAGGCCCUCCCAUCAGACAACUGCAUCUUCUCCGUGGAGCUGCAGCUGCCCCCCAAGGCUGCAGCCCUGGCACACCUGGACAGGGGGAGCCCCCCACCCGCCCGGGAGGCACUGGCCAUCGUCUUCUUUGGCGGACAACCCCAGCCCAAUGUGAGUGAGCUGGUGGUGGGACCACUGCCCCACCCCUCCUACAUGCGGGAUGUGACUGUGGAGCGUCAUGGGGGUCCCCUGCCCUAUCACCGACGCCCCGUGCUCAUCCGAGAGUACCUGGACAUAGACCAGAUGAUCUUUGACAGAGAGCUGCCCCAGGCUGCUGGUCUCCUCCACCAUUGCUGCUUCUACAAGCACCAAGGAAGGAAGCUAGUCACGAUGACCACAGCCCCCCGGGGUUUGCAAUCAGGGGACCGGGCCACCUGGUUUGGCCUCUACUACAACAUCUCAGGGGCUGGGUUUUUCCUGCACCCCGUGGGGUUGGAGCUGCUGGUAGACCACAAGGCUCUGGACCCUGCCCGCUGGACCAUCCAGAAGGUGUUCUUUCAAGGCCGCUACUAUAAGAGUCUGGCUCAGCUGGAGACCCAGUUUGAGGCCCACCUGGUGAAUAUGGUGCCGAUCCCAGACAAUGGCACAGGUGGGGCCUGGUCUCUGAAGUCCCAGGUGCCCCGGGGUCCGGCUCCCCCUCUGCAGUUCCAUCCCGAGGGCCCCCGCUUCAGUGUCCAGGGGAGUCGAGUGGCCUCCUCAUUGUGGACUUUCUCUUUUGGCCUUGGAGCAUUCAGUGGCCCGAGGAUCUUUGACCUCCGCUUCCAAGGGGAGAGAGUGGCCUAUGAAGUCAGCGUCCAAGAGGCCUUGACCGUCUAUGGUGGCAAUUCACCGUCUGCUCUGCGAAGCCGGUACACAGAUGGUGGCUUUGGCUUGGGCCACUUCUCUUCACCUCUGACCCGUGGGGUCGACUGCCCCUAUUUGGCUACCUACGUGGACUGGCACUUCCUUCUGGAGUCCCAAGCCCCCAAGACAAUACGAGAUGCCUUUUGUGUGUUUGAACAGAACCAAGGCCUACCCCUGAGGUGACACCACUCAGAUAUCCACUCCCACUAUUUUGGAGGCCUUACAGAGACAGUUCUGGUCAUCAGGUCUGUGUCUACCAUGCUCAACUAUGAGUAUGUGUGGGAUAUGGUCUUCCACCCCAACGGGGCCAUAGAAGUCAAAUUGCAUGCCACGGGCUACAUCAGCUCAACGUUCCUCUUUGGUGCUGCCCGAAGUUAUGGGAACCAGGUUGGGGAGCACACGCUGGGCACUGCCCACACCCACAGUGCCCACUUCAAGGUGGAUCUGGAUAUAGGAGGACUGGAGAACUGGGUCUGGGCUGAGGACAUGGUCUUCGUCCCCAUGGCUGUCCCCUGGAGCCCUGAGCACCAGAUGCAGAGGCUGCAGGUGACCCGGAAGCUGCUAGAGACAGAGGAGCAGGCCACCUUCCCCCUGGGAAGUGCCACCCCCCGCUACCUGUACCUGGCCAGCAACCACAGCAACAAGUGGGGUCACCCUCGGGGCUACCGCAUCCAGGUGCUCAGUUUUGCUGGAGAGCCUCUGCCCCAGAACAGCUCCAUGGAGAGGGCCAUCAGCUGGGGGAGGUACCAGCUGGCCGUGACCCAGCGAAAGGAGGAGGAGCCCAGCAGCACCAGCAUCUACAAUUUGAACGACCCUUGGACACCCACCGUGGACUUCACUGACUUCAUCAACAAUGAAACUGUUGCAGGGCAGGACUUGGUGGCCUGGGUGACAGCUGGUUUCCUGCACAUCCCACAUGCAGAGGACGUUCCCAACACGGUGACUGUGGGGAAUGGUGUGGGCUUCUUCCUCCGACCCUACAACUUCUUUGACCAGGACCCCUCCUCCGAUUCUGCGGACUCCAUCUAUUUCCGGGGGGACCAGGAUGCUGGGGCCUGUGAGGUCAACCUCCUGGCUUGCCUCCCCAAGGCUGCUGACUGUGCCCCCGACCUCCCUGCCUUCUCUCAUGGGGGCUUCUCUCACAACUAGGUGGUCCCUGGGAUGGGGAAUGUGUCCAGGGCAGGAGGGCCAGGGUGUGUGGAGAGGGGGAGCAGUGGGCACUAGGCCAGGAAGCCUGAUCUCCCACUAAGAUCCUCUCCUCCCCAAAAUCCUCUCUCCCAUCACCCUUCUUUGCAUCACCCUCCUAUUGGAAGCAUCCUGAGCCUGUGAUGCCUGACACAGCAGGGACUCAACUUUGUUGACCCCAGACCUGCUGGUUUCUGUCCCAGAGAGGAGAGGAAUGGCCAGCUGGAGCUGGGGUGAUGGCCUAGCUUUUUC